AUGUUGACAAACAUCAUCCGCAAAUCCUCCCCUGUGCUUUUUCGCGCCACACAUGCCAGAACCUUCUUCACACCACCAGGCAACAACAUCAUCAGCUCCUGGUCCGAGUCUCCUCAUGCACAAAUGGUGCCAAUGGUCAUUGAACAAACUGGCCGUGGCGAAAGAGCAUACGACAUCUUUUCUCGUCUGUUAAAGGAGCGCAUCAUCUGCUUGAAUGGACCUGUAACCGACAACCUCGCCUCAGUGAUUGUGGCUCAAUUGUUGUUUCUGGAGGCUGAAAGCACGGAAAAGCAGAUCAGUUUGUACAUCAAUUCACCAGGCGGCAGUGUCACUGCAGGCAUGGCUAUUUACGAUACAAUGCAAUACAUCCAGUCGCCAGUAUCUACACUGUGUAAUGGACAAGCUUGCUCGAUGGGAUCACUUUUACUUGCUGCAGGCGAACCCGGUAAACGAUACGCUUUGCCUAAUGCCUCCAUCAUGAUACACCAACCUUCUGGCGGUGCUGCUGGCCAAGCAUCUGAUAUUGCUAUUCACGCCAGAGAGAUUUUGCGUGUGAGAGAGAGAUUAAAUCGAAUUUACCAAAAGCACACUGGCAUCCGCGAUCUCGAAACCAUUGAGAAAAUGGUAGAAAGAGAUUAUUUUAUGACAGCUGACGAAGCCAUGAACUUUGGCCUUGUGGAUAAAGUACUCGAGAAGCGUAUUGAACCCAAAGUAGAUGAACCCAAGAAAUAA